AUGAAGAGAAACGACGGGUGCAAAAUGUUAACAGACGAAGAUCUUUUGACCGAGGUGCUUUCCAGGCUCCCUGUAAAAUACCUACUCCGUUGCAAAGCCGUUUCCAAAUCCUGGUACUCUCUUAUUUCAAACCCUAGUUUCAUCAAAGCUCAUUAUCAACGUCAUGCUAUUACAAUCAACCGCGCCGGGGAUGAUAACAAUGAAGAAGCGGCUACUCUCAUUGUACGCCUUUUCAAACAAGAAGAUCUUGAUGACCAUCCUGAAGAAGACGGCUCCUAUUCACUCUUCCGGCUCGGUACUACUGAUGAUUAUAUAGCCGAGCUCAACUUUCCUUUCUCCAGAGGUGAUUAUCCCUUCACGCCUCCCUCUAUUCUCGUUGGUUGUGUUUACGGAAUUGUUUGUGUUUGUGUUGAUCCCUCUGCUCCUAUUGAUGCUAUUCAUUGCGUGCCUGCUUGUGAUAAAGCUACUGAUAUAUACAUUUGGAAUCCCGCAACUAGGCAAUCCAAACUCAUUCCCUCGCAUGCUCUUUACAAUUGUGAUGAUACGGAUGUAGUUGCUUUAGGCUUCGGGUUUGAUCCGGUUGAUUUUGAUUUUAAGGUUGUUAGGGUUGUAUCUCGUGCUAUUUUUCCUCAGGUGUAUUCUGCAAAUAGAGAUGCUUGGCAAAACAUUGAGACUAACUUGACUGUUUUUCCCAAAAAAAAUAUAUUUGAUAUAUGCCUCCAUGGAUUUUUGUUUAUCGCGGGACAGAAUGGUGUGAUAGCUUUUGAUCUAAACAAGGAGGUGUUUAUUUGUGAUAUCAAACUUCCCGAAUGCUCCAAUGACCCGCGUGAAGAAUGUUAUUAUGCUCGAAUUGCUGACUUCAAGGAUUCUAUUGCUGUCAUUAUCUCUAAUGACACUGGAAAAAUUAACUUGUGGACACUAGAUGAUGAGGCAUGCCUUCGUGGUGGUAGAGUCGAGGCAUCCUGGACUUUUAUGCUUAGUAUUGAUGUAGGUUUGGAUUACAUGUAUGUGCAGGGCCUUUUCAGUAGUGUUGAAUUCUUACUGAUAGCUGAUACUGAAUGGUUCUCCUAUAAUUCUGACAAGAAAGAGGCCAGAAGGAUUGAUACUAAUCCUUUUUUUGAUCUCGAUGCAGUAUUCAAGUAUACAGAGAACCAGCAAAUGUUAUUAGUCACAAAAUCAAAACUAGUCAAUUGGUCUGAUGAUGAAGAAGAUUUUAGUGAGGAAAGUAGCAUUAAUUUGGAAAAUGUCUAUGAUGAUUUUAUUGUUAUUUCAGAUGAUAGUGACAAAAGUGAUUAA